CAUACUGAUCAGCUCGUGUUCUCUAUCGUCGCUGCGGCCACGCGGGAAUCAAAUCGAAGGAUUCGCGCGAUGCUAGGGAUUUCAUAUGGAGAGCUCUUCGUCAUAAUCGGCGCCACCGCUGCUCUCAUCGGGCCUAAAGACCUCCCGUUCAUCGCUAAAGCAGCUGGCAGGCUGACGGGAAGAGCUGUCGGGUAUGUUCAGAUUGCUCGUGGGCAAUUUGAAAGCGUAAUGCAGCAGUCCCAAGUUAAUCAGGUUCAUAAAGAACUUAAAGAUACAAUGGCUCAAUUGGAAGCAAUACGAUAUGAAAUCCGAAGCAUAUCAGUCAUGAAUCCUGUUCCAUUUACAAGAAUAUUAGAAAACGUGGAGCCUCCGGCUAACAAUGAUACGGUUUUGGCUGAGAAAAUUGAUGCAGAGCACAAGUCAUCAGUGCUAAACAAUGCUAAGGAUCUGAAUUCGCUGGAUACAAAUUUAUCUAGGCUCCAUAGUCAAGCUACGACAUAUGCGAGGUUAGCUGAAACAACAAUCGUAAAGUUCAAUGCUUCUCAAACAAGCCCGAAUAAAGAGAACUUAAAUGGUCAAGAUGGUCUUUUAUCUGUAUUACCAAUGUCUGCUGAAAUUGCUGGGCUGCUGCCAAAAAGAAAUGCUGAUGUGAAAGGAUCAGAUAUUCUGCAUGAAGCAAUUGUGGAAGCAGAGGUUGCGCAGAAUGCCAAACAUUUUCUCUCACAGCCUGAAAACCAGAUACCUAAAGACUGAAGAAAUAUAACAUACUUAGACCUCUGGACUAAUAUAUGUGCAUUAAAAAGCAAUCAGGUAAUUAAUACUGGCUUACCAUUCAAUUAGAGCUACCCAACUAUGAAUGUAACAUUACUAAAAAUAACGAUAUAUAACCAUGAUUUAUUUUGUCAACA